AUGCAGGAAACCGGCGUAUCGAAAAGCUUAGAGUUUGUAUUAUCUGCAAAAAAUUUGUCUGAUUGGGACCAAGCUCACGAAGACCCUGGCUACGCCUACAUUAUUCAUAAUCGUGAACCAAAGGACCCCAGGACACAAUUUUCGAAUAUAUUAUUGUUUUACUGGCGAAAACACUGGAGAUUCGUUCUUGGUGGAUUAGGACUUUUUAUUUUAUUGCUUUUAAUUUUUCUAAUUGUCUUAUUAGUUCCUAAACGAAAAUCGGUAGUUCAAACUGAAACAGCUACUACGCGAACAGUCAUCUGCGCGUAUGGCUUUCAACUAAUCCAAAAUCAUAAGUGCUGGAAAUUAUUCACAGAAAACAGAACUUUUUCCGACGCGGAACGCAACUGUGAAACGUUAUAUGGUUCUAGUUUAGUUUCUAUAGAAAACAAAGCGGAAAAUUAUCAGCUUGGACUUUUGGCAACGAUUGAAAAUCUUCCGAUCUGGAUUGGUUUGCAAUGUGAAGGAAAUCAGAACGGUGAUUGCUUCUGGGCCAAAAACAAUGAAACUCUGGGUGUGUACAGCAAUUUUGGAACAGAUCAAGAAAUCAAGAACUACGAAUAUAUACAAUGUCCAAAAAUGCAGGAAACCGGCGUAUCGAAAAGCUUAGAGUUUGUAUUAUCUGCAAAAAAUUUGUCUGAUUGGGACCAAGCUCACGAAGACCCUGGCUACGCCUACAUUAUUCAUAAUCGUGAACCAAAGGACCCCAGGACACAAUUUUCGAAUAUAUUAUUGUUUUACUGGCGAAAACACUGGAGAUUCGUUCUUGGUGGAUUAGGACUUUUUAUUUUAUUGCUUUUAAUUUUUCUAAUUGUCUUAUUAGUUCCUAAACGAAAAUCGGUAGUUCAAACUGAAACAGCUACUACGCGAACAGUCAUCUGCGCGUAUGGCUUUCAACUAAUCCAAAAUCAUAAGUGCUGGAAAUUAUUCACAGAAAACAGAACUUUUUCCGACGCGGAACGCAACUGUGAAACCUUGGACUUUUGGCAACGAUUGAAAAUCUUCCGAUCUGGAUUGGUUUGCAAUGUGAAGGAAAUCAGAACGGUGAUUGCUUCUGGGCCAAAAACAAUGAAACUCUGGGUGUGUACAGCAAUUUUGGAACAGAUAAUCCAAACUGGUUCAACGGAAGCUGCAUCUUUUAUGACAACAAGGGAGAGUGGAUCAGCAAGGCUUGCGAUGAAAAACUGCCAUAUGUUUGUGAAACUGAAACAACGAAUUUCUAAUGUUAUGAAGUUAUUCAUUAUGAUGAUAUGUGUUUUUGAAAUAAUUUUUAUUAUUGUGAAUGAAAUAAAAACAGAUUUGUAA